GCUGACCCGGGGAACUUUGGGCGCGUCCGCGGCUCUGCUCCUCUGAAGCGCCCGCUCCCUUCCCUCCUGCCGGGCAUGGCGCUGCCUGCAACUGCUUCAUGAUGAUGGUGGUGGUGAUGAUGUUUGGAGUGGUUGUUAUGAUUACUGCUCUGCAUCAACGCCGGGCAUGUGAAAUCCCAAGCAUCAUGCCAGCAACGCGCCUGUUUCUGCUCCGUCCCUUCAGCCUCCUGCUGCUGCUGCUGGGGCCGCAUCUCUUUGUGGGAUCUUUCUCCCUGGGCUCUGCCUCCUCUCCUUCGCCCGCCGAGCGUCCCUCCGUCGCUACGGCGGGGUCUCGGGCAGCGGCGACCAUUCAGGGGGCGUCCGCUUUUCUUGCGGCUUCCUCCUCGCUACUUCCGAGGGAGAAAGGAAGCCCGCAGCCUUUCGCCGCAUCUGUCAGCGUUUGGGAUCGGACGGCAGAUCGAGACGGCGGCAGCGACAGCCCGGACGUUUUGACUAGACAAAAGAAUGUAGAAAGUCCAAACACUGAAGCAAAGAUUUCCACUUCUUAUAUACGGAAUCUAGAUGCAACGAGUACAUCUGGAAAUAAUAAAGUAAGGACGUUGUGGACCAACUUAGCUUCAGCAUCUGUAGCUGCAACAAGAAGUACCACAUCUUACACCAAAAUAAUCAGAUCUGUGACACCACAGUUAUCUCAAAUAAUACAAACCAAACGAGCAAGUGCCUCACAAAAUAUGGCAGAUAUUGCCGAAUCUGAAUCAGUGACUUUGGGGAAGCAUUUUCCCAAGACUGCAAAUUCUCCAUUUUUGGAGGGAAAAAAAUCAGCUAUUGGGAGCAACUACCAUACAGCUAAUACCUGGGAUGAAGACAGCACAAUGUCCAGUUUCCAUAUUCCAGACAUGGACAGUUCAGCAACACUCAGUCAGAGUUCAGAAAGGACUUCCCGCUUUCUUAGAGAGAACUUCACUGGAAAAGAGCCAGCUACUCAAAAACAACUUGCUACAUCUUCUGGUCAGAUCCAAUGGUCAUCUCAUGUAACAUUUCCAAUACUUCAAAGUAGGACAUCAAAUGCCAAACAGCCUGAUUCUUUAACAAGGAUUAUGCUUACUCAGUCUUAUACUUCUCCACAAACUAAUACUCAUCAGUUAAGCAGAAACUCCAACACAGAAAAAAUAAUUUCUAAUUCUGAUAUGGAGUAUAUGACAAUUCUGAACAUAUCCAACAGAAGUGAGGAGAAGAUAUUUCAAACUAUAAGAGACUUCAGCUCUCAACCUUCACAUUCUACAUCUGCAAACUCUAACCUUGAAAUGUCCACCAAUGGGGGGAAGAUACUCCGAACUCUCGGAGACAGCAGCAGUUCUCAAGGUCCACAUUCCACAUCUGCUGUCUCAAAACUUGAAAUGUCCACCAGUGGGGAAAAGAUACUACAAACUGUCAGAAUGAGUGGCAAUUCUCAAGGUCCACAUUCUAUAUCUGCUGUCUCAAACCUUGAAAUUUCCACCAAUGGGGGGAAGAUAGUACGAACACUCAGAGACAUCAGCCGUUCUCAAGGUCCACAUUCCACAUCUGCUAUCUCAAACCUUGAAAUGUCCACCAAUGGGGAGAAGAUACUCCGAACUCUUGGAGACAUCAGCCGUUCUCAAGGUCCACAUUCCACAUCUGCUAUCUCAAACCUUGAAAUGUCCACCAAUGGGGAGAAGAUACUCCGAACUCUCAGAGACAUCACAGAGGAAUGCCAAAUAGGAAAGCUUUGA